AUGACUGCUCUCUUAAGGUUCACAAAUACGAGCGUGUACGUGGGCCUGUCGUACUAUGCACCGGUGCUGGGUGGCGACGAGUUCCUCAACUUCUUCCUUGCGGGUGCGGUGGAGCUUCCUACCUACAUUGUGCUGUGGCCAGCCAUGGAGUGCGUUGGUCGCCGCUGGACCCUCUGCGUCAGCAUGGUCAUUGGAGGUGUUGCCUGUUUGGCCACCAUAUUUGUACAAAAUGAUUCGAUGACCACUCUGUGCCUGUACUGCUUGGGAAAGAUGGGUAUCUCCUCCUCGUACGUGGUCCUCCCCUUGAUGGCCUCCGAACUCUACCCGACCGUCGUCAGAGGUCUGGGAAUGAGCACCAGUGCUGUUGCCGGCAUGCUGGGACCCAUCAUCAUUCCAAUUGUCAACUAUAUGGGAGAGGAGAUGCUAGUCCUUCCACUGGUGAUAAUGGGAGCUCUGCUAGUAGCGGGAGGAGCAGUGAGCCUCCUGCUUCCUGAAACGCUGCGAGAGCAUCUUCCUCAAACACUGGAGGACGGUGAAAAUUUCGGCAAAGACUGGACCUUCUGCUGUCCCUCAAGAGUCGGUGAUGUGAGCGCUGAUAAGAAACCAACGAACGUAGUUGAGUCUCCAAUCAAGAGUCUACUGCACCAAGCUACAAGAGAAACGCCAGCAUCAACGCCGAUCGCAACGGACGUGACGUCAUCCACAGACGUGACUUCGGACACGGUGCUGUCGAAUCCUGCCGAGCAGAUGAUGCGUGUGACAGUUGUCUGACACCCGACUCGCGCCACACCCCACGCCACCAGCUUCACCAUCGACCACAUCGACGGCUAUACACAGGACAACGACACCACCGGCUAUAUGAAGUACGCGUCCUCACCAAACACGCAACUCAAGUACAUCACCUCCUUCUAUCAGUAACACGCCUCUAUCACUCGCGUGAUACAUUCAAGUGACACUCUCACAGUCAGACAAAUCUCGUACCAAAAGCUUCAAGUGCCAAUUAUUAAGGUUUAAACAGUUUUGGGUUCUCCCCCAAUGUAAUUUUAAAAUAUAGCUAACAAAAAUCAUCUACUCAUAAAAUAGAGAGUUUGUGUUACAAAAAACCAAUAGUGUCGUCUUGUGUAUCUCAGACGCGACUAGUUUCGCACGAUUCACGCUAUUAUCAAGCGUCGAAGUUCAUUAUUAAUUUGGCGCUUGAUUAUAGCGAGAAUCGUCUGAACUUGUCGCGUCUGGAUUGAAAAUAAUAAAAAGGUGCAAAUAGUUCUCUGUGAUUAAUCUUCCAAGUAGCAUUAUCAAUUUUUUUUAAUGUGUAUUACAUUCCCUGUUCUUUGGUACCCAAAAACUGCAAUUAAUCCAUUGAGAAGUGAUUUGGUUAAGGUAUUAUUGUUAAGAAUGAUUUGGAAAUGUGAUCAAACUCAAUUAGUAAUCAGUGUAUUGUGAUAACGGUCCGGCAAGAUAUAACAAUUAUAGAGCUGAGGAGCAAUAUUGAUUCCCUUAUUACCUAUUCAUAAUUUCAAAAACUAUGUUGACCAUCAACAUUUCAAGGCUCAUUAUACUACCCUGGAUGUUUUAAAACAAAGAACUAAAAUGCCGUAAUGUGAAAAACAAAAGAAUGAAUCUUCUGUUAUGUUAUGUGAGGUGGAAGAGCUUGGUUAAUUCCUAGGAUAAAAAUUUGCUCUUGCUCAAGUAAUCCUAGACUGUCCACUUUCCCCUAUGCAUUCAGCCACUAGACUACUUCAGGAUACCACCAAUACACAUGGGUCCUUAUAACUACAGAGCAUAGCCUAUAUGUGAGUCGUCAUACCACGAGACUUGUUUGCUUAGUAGGAAAACAUACUCUUACGAGGCCAGAAACUGGUCGGUUGGAUAAUAAUACAGAUUAAUUGAACAAAAUGCGGUGUAACUCUGAACUAAUUUUAUAAGCUGAAAAGCUUAAUGAUAAAAUUGGUUUCAUCAAUAAAUAGAAAUUAUGAAUUGGACUACUAAAAAAAUUGACCUAUCACGAUUGGAAAUCAGUCGACCACACAAUAAUCCGUAGCUCCCUUGUUCUUCCAUCUCUGAAUUCAGAACUCGAAACAAACUCAUUACAUCAUUUAACGAUCCCACCCGAGGCUGUUUUCGUUUCUUUGUUCCAACCGGUCUAGUUUUAGAUGCCCUCCUUCAGUAUCUGAAGCCCUGCUUAUCAUUCCGACCCUUUCAUCAAGGUGAAGCCUGAUUCAUAGAAUCAUGUUAUUAUUAUUAUUCACAAUCUCUCGCAUUUUCUGUUAUUCUACUGAUACUACCAAGCUGUUCAAACAUGAUUGCCUUCACAUAAAAUGAAACACCUUUACAUCAAAAUGCUUCACAAGUAUUAUAAAACCUCUUGAAGCUCGUUUAAAUACGGUUAACAUUCAAUGAGACUAAAUAUUGGGGAAGAUUUAAAAAUAACUGAGAACAUGUUCAACAUUAAAGAUUUGAAGUUUCAAAGAGAUUUGACAAUCCAUCUCUAAUUCUUCUAAAUUCCGUUUGAUUUAUUGCGAAUGCCAUAGUAUAACGCUAUUCAAGACUAUGCAAAAUUACAAUGAGCAGCAAUAAUUGAUCGGGCCCUACAGAUAAGAGUUUAUGAGGCAUUAAUCAAGUCAACAUUGAGGAUAAGUAGCUGUCAAGCGAUUAAUGCACUACACAGAACCGAAUACAACAUAAAUUCCAUGAUUUCAAUUCAAUAACAUAACACGACACCUGUUGACUGAUUGUAUAAUUUUAGGGAGCACAAAUCUCUUGUAGCUCUAUUCACAGUUGAUCUUGAUACAACAUGAUCAUCACUGAAUUAUAGAAUAAUUGAACAGACCAGAGUACAACAGCUCUGCUUGGUUGUUAUGUGAAGCAUUAUCAUUAGCAGUCCCAUCCAAGUGAAGUACAUUCAGAUUGUUAUUGCAUGUGAGAGAGCAUGCCCAGUUAGUGCAAUACAUAUUCUCACGUACUCAUGGAUUUCACAGCAGCCCAUUAGUUCAAAGUUGCAGAGAUCUUAGAUGUUCUUAAUAGUCAUACUGCAUUAUCAUACAAACAAGUAUAGAUUUCAUCGACAUUAUUUCUUAUUCACUCUGAAUCUACAUAGGGUACCCGAUGAUUGUACUACCUCACCAGAUAAAUGCUGUCAAUUUAUUAUCAAUGUAAUCUAAUCUUACUUUUCAAAAUAUCCUGCCAAGUGGACAAGAAGCUAGCUUCUAAUGCAGUUGCUAUUAGACCAGGAUUUAUUUCCAAGAACAAAUUAAAGGAAUCAUUAAUAUUGUUUAUGCCUGUUGCAUGAAUUUAUAAAUGAAUAAUAGAUAGAAUGAUCUGAUCGAGAAACGUUUUGAUACACAAAGAACUUUAUAUUCUAGAUCAACCUUGAUAUUGUACAGUAGAUUAAUUAUUCAUCAUUAACUAUUUAAGGGUUUAAUAGUGUACUUACUGUAACGUUCGUUAUUGAUGCACUACAAAUAUUGCAAAACUCACGUUUUUCCAAAUAUAAUCUUUGUAGUUUUUCUUACAGAACGUGACUGAAUGCAAAUAUCUAUUGGAAAUGUAUAAAUUUUCAUGUAUGACAUUUCCCAUCACUGAUGGAGAAAUAUAUUGAAUUCAGCUUCUAACUGAAUGAUCAAACACAGAGCUUAUUACACACAUGAGAGCCUGAACAUUUAUUGAAGCGAGAUCUUUUAACAAUGUUAUCAACAAUGUCAUUGAUGAAUUUAUCCAGAAGCUUACAGGGUGGCGGAUUGAUAUUGAAGUUCUAUAGCUCAAAAGCGCUCUUUCUAUGGAAAGUUGGCUUUCUAUCAAGGGAUUUUGCAUUGUUGACGGUUGCCUGUUGAACAAAGCCAUGCGGUCUUUGUUUCUUCCCAAUGGAUUAAAAUGUGUGUGGUCUCAAAAGCUGUAGGCUAGCGAGUAUGCUAUUACAGCCAGCCUGCUCUGGAUUUCUCUGUUGAAGAAAUAGUGAACAAUCAAGUUGUAAUUUUGAAAGUCACCACCUUCAGAUAGUCAUAAAUCGAAACACAGAUAGAGAGUUCAUAUGAAUAGUAGGCCUACCCAAAACAAACCUAAUAUUCCAAUUAUUAUAGAACCGAUGAAUCGAUGUACACCUAUUUUUUUCUCAAAAGAAUUGGUUAAUAAGUAAAGCUGACUGGAUGAAUGUCUCCAGUUUAUUGAUUUAUGUAAAUACUUUAUCAUUUCAACUGAAAUUUUUGGAAGAAGCUAUCAGAUAUUCUUCUUCUAAUCAAAGUACGAGAGUGUCACAUCGAUGUUUAACAUAAGAUAUUAGCGAGCGAUUAAUUGAGUAAAUAUUAUGAGAAUUGAACUUCCUAAAUGUGAGAUCGAGGUGGUCUUUAACAUGAACCAAGUGCCUUAUAAAAUGUUUUAGUGUUAUUGAGUAAUGUAUAAUCAAAACUAUGUCUAUUGUUUGCUAACGAUUAGAAAAAUAAAUGAUUAAACCCUUCAAUAAAAUGUUAAGUGCUUCUUUGUUAAC